AUGAUAUUUAAACGAAAUAUUAUUUUAUUAUCAUUUUUAGUGGGCUUAGCAACCAUACUAAAAGGCAUUUUUACACAAAAAUUUCACUGUGAUAGGGAAUCACAAUUUUGUUUGACUGUAUCAAUUCCUAAUGUUUCUUUUGAUCCAAAAGAAACUUAUGCAUUAUUUCGAAUGGAAGCACCAUCAACAGUCGGUGUUAUAAUUUCGCAACGUAUUGCCAAAGGAUAUGAAGUUCCAAUAGUGACAAAGCAUCAACAUGAUAUAAUGUUAGAUCCAUCAAGUGGCAUUCAAGGAAAUAAAUUGGUGGUACUUUUCAGACGUCCAUUAUCUGUCAAUGGCUCUUUAAUUACAACCGACUCAACCACUUACAUCUGGGCAAUCCAUGACGCUGAACGGCCUGACGAAGAUCCAAACACUAUGGGAAUUGAAAGGCAUAAUGCACUUGGCACGAUGACAUACCUUGCUGGUGUAAAAUUCAAUAUUGAAAAUAGGCAUCAUGUUAUUGGAGGUGCUUUAACAUUUUGUUUCGCUGUUCAACUUUUAAUCGGAGCCAUUCAUCAUCAUUUAUAUAGCCCAGAACGUAAAUCUAUUCCUUGGUGGACAAAAGUUCAUUGGUGGUUCGGAAGAUUUGUUGUCAUCCUUGCAUUUGUACAAAUCCCAAUUGGUUUUAAUCUUUUCAAUGUUUCUAAAACAUACAUUGGUGGCUAUUUUAUCUAUUCAAUGGUUUUAAUCAUCACAUACAUUACAUUAUCAAUUGCAUUUUGGAGAAGAAGGAAAAGUGAAAUUCGUAAUUCUGGACGUUCGACUGUUUUGUAUACCGGAGUUCGUCAAGAUGAUGGUGAUUUUGAAACCUACUUUAAUACAAGUACUCGACUUUCUUAUACUUCUCCUUCACUGACACCACCACCUCCUACACCUCCAGGUCCACCUGAAGAUCCUUUACCAAAACCACCGCCCUUUAUAAACUCACCAAUUGAAAAUUUACCCCCACCUGAUAAAACUGGAUCUUCAAUUAAUUUUCCUUGGCUUUAUAAUGAUCAACCACCUAGAAUAAUACAAUAUCCAUAUCAUACGGCAGAAUUUAAAAGAAUUUUAUUAGCAAAUCUUUUACCUUUAGAGUUACAACAUAAAUUAUGUAAAUGGUUCGUUAUAAGAUUUCUAAGACGAUUACUACCGGAAACUUAUUUUCCUGACGAAUUCAUGUUAGGCGCAUCGUUAGCUGUACAACAGAUAUGUGCAUCACUUUCAAGUCCAUCUAAUCGGGAGCAAUUAGAAAAUAUGUUUACUCCAAGAUUAUAUAAUCGUUAUAUUACUGAACUUGAUAAAUUAUCAACCGAGAAAUCCACAAUAAAAAUAAAAUUAUCAAAAAUUUAUAAUUUAAAUAUACGUGAUAUUUGGUUAAACACUGGAGCUUCAGAAUUAUAUUCAGAUAAUAACAAAAAUAAAAAUAAAGACGAUGGUUUUAUUUUUGAAUGGAUGACAAUUAAAUUAGGUGUCAAACAAUCAUCAUCAAAAGAUGAAAACACUAAUACAUCAUCAUCGUCGACAACAUUUAAUGAAGCAAGACUUAGAACAUUAAAAAGUGUUGAAGAAGGAAUAAAAUUUAAGGUGGAUGUAGAGGUAGAUGCUGAUGUUGAUUAUAUUUUAAAAACAAAAGAUAACGUAGACUUGAUAAAUGAUCAAUCAAGAAGAAUUGGGUACGAAUUUUGA